CACAUGUAAGCUCUUCCUCCUUCCUCCUCUCCCCUCCUUUCCCCUUGUCAUCUCCCCACCUCCCAACUGGCCAACCCAAAUGGCCGCCGCCUCUCUCUCCUCCCCCUCCACCUCCCUCCUCUCCACCCCCAUCCCGCCCACUCGCUUCUUCUCCCGCAACCCCAAACCCACCGCCCGAGUCCUCAACCCCAAGACCAAAAAGCCGCCGCCUCUCUCCUGCGCCACCGCCUCCCCCACCGCCGCGGCGUCCAAGGCGGGGUCCUGGAGGGAGCUAUGCAGCCUCAACUCCUGGGUGGUGCGCGAUUACCGCCGCCUUGUGGACUCAGUCGGCGCGCUCGAGCCGGCUCUUCGGAGGCUCUCCGACGAACAGCUGAAGGCGAAGACGACGGAGUUCCGGGCCCGCCUGGCUCUCGGGGAGACGCUCGCCGACGUCCAGGCCGAGGCGUUUGCCGUGGUGCGGGAGGCGGCGAGGAGGACGCUCGGGAUGCGGCAUUUUGAUGUUCAGAUAAUUGGUGGUGCUGUGCUUCACGACGGGUGCAUUGCAGAGAUGAAGACGGGUGAGGGGAAAACGCUUAUGUCCACACUGGCGGCUUAUCUCAAUGCGCUGACAGGGGAAGGGGUUCAUGUGGUGACUGUAAAUGAUUAUUUGGCGCAUCGUGAUGCUGAAUGGAUGGGCCGUGUUCAUCGCUUUCUCGGUCUUACUGUGGGUCUAAUUCAGGCGGGUAUGAAGUCUGAUGAGAGAAGAGCCAGCUACAGAUGCGACAUUACAUACACUAACAACUCGGAACUUGGAUUCGACUAUCUUCGUGACAACCUAUCUCGAAAUAAAGAACAGCUUGUAAUGAGAUGGCCAAGACCAUUCCAUUUUGCUAUUGUGGAUGAAGUGGACUCAGUGCUUAUAGACGAGGGAAGAAAUCCAUUAUUAAUAAGUGGAGAGGAUAAUAGAGAUGCAGCCCGGUAUCCAGUUGCUGCUAAAGUCGCAGAACUUCUUAUGGAGGGUGUUCAUUACACUGUUGAGCUAAAGGGCAAUAAUAUAGAUCUGACAGAGGAUGGAGUAGCACAUGCUGAGAUCAUUCUCGGGACAGAUGAUCUAUGGGAUGAGAAUGAUCCAUGGGCAAGAUUUGUGAUGAAUGCUUUGAAGGCCAAAGUGUUUUACCGUAGGGAUGUCCAGUAUAUCGUUAGGAAUGGAAAAGCUAUCAUAAUUAAUGAGCUAACUGGCCGAGUUGAACCAAAAAGAAGAUGGUCUGAUGGUAUUCACCAAGCAGUAGAAGCAAAAGAAGGCCUAAAAAUCCAGGCAGACUCAGUAAUUGUGGCUCAAAUCACAUAUCAGUCACUGUUUAAGCUUUAUCCUAAGCUUUCUGGGAUGACAGGAACUGCUAAGACAGAGGAAAAGGAAUUUUUAAAGAUGUUUAAGAUGCCAGUUAUUGAAGUGCCCACGAACCUUCCAAAUAUACGAGUGGACUUGCCUAUCCAAGCUUUUGCAACUGCAAGAGGCAAAUGGCAAUAUGUGCGGGCAGAAGUAGAAUCUAUGUUUCAAUUGGGCCGUCCUGUUUUAGUUGGAACUACAAGUGUUGAGAGUUCUGAAUACCUGUCAGAUCUACUUAAAGCUCGUAAUAUUCCUCACAAUGUCCUUAAUGCGAGACCAAAGUAUGCUGCAAGAGAAGCUGAAAUAAUUGCACAAGCUGGAAGAAAACAUGCUAUUACAAUCUCAACUAAUAUGGCUGGCAGAGGAACAGACAUUAUUUUAGGUGGUAACCCUAAAAUGCUUGCAAAAGAAAUAGUAGAAGAUAACAUACUUCCAUUUCUGACCCAUGAACCCCCAGAUAUUGACAUGGAAGGGGAAUCGUUAUCCCACAAGGGUCUCUCAAAAAUAAAACUUGGGCCAUCGUCGCUAGGUCUGCUUGCCAAAGCUGCAAUCAUGGCAAAAUAUGUUCACAAAAGCGGGAGAAAUGAAUGGUCCUUUGGGAAGGCAAAAUCCACUAUUGCCGAAUCUAUAGAAAUGGGUCAAACGAUUGGGAUGGAGAAACUACAAGAGCACUUGGCUGAAGAGUCUGAGAUGUACCCUCUUUGUGAUGCAAUAGGACUUGCUUAUCUCAGUGUCCUAAGGGAUUGUGAAAUUCAUUGUUCUGCUGAAGGUGCUGAGGUGAAGACAUUAGGUGGGCUCCAUGUAGUAGGAACUUCUUUGCAUGAGUCGCGUCGAAUUGAUAACCAAUUGCGUGGCAGAGCGGGCAGACAGGGUGAUCCUGGGUCAACACAGUUUAUGGUGAGCUUACAGGAUGAAAUAUUCCAGAAAUUUAAUUUGGACACUGAAUGGGCUGUGAGGCUUAUAUCAAGGAUAACAAAUGACGAAGAUAUAGCUAUUGAGAGCAAUGUUGUUGUAAAACAGCUUCUAGGCCUUCAAAUCAAUGCAGAGAAAUAUUAUUUUGGAGUAAGGAAAAGUCUUGUUGAGUUUGAUGAAGUCCUGGAGGUCCAAAGAGAGCAUGUAUACAACCUUAGGCAGGUGAUAUUAUCAGGUGACUCUGAAAGCUGCAGUGAACAAAUUUUCCAGUACAUGCAAGCUGUAGCCGAUGAAAUUGUUUUGGUAAAUAUUGAUCCCCAAAAGCCUCCCAAGACAUGGAAUUUGGCAAAGCUUUUGGAUGAGUUCGUCGGUCUAGGGGGGAAACUACUGGGUGAAUCAUUUAAGGGCAUCCAAGAUGAAAACCUACAAUCAGCACUUGAGCAAAUGCAUGGUUGUGGUUUGGUGAAGGCUGAUAGUUUUGCUCUUCCAAACAUGCCCGUGCCACCUAAUUCAUUCAGAGGGAUCCGAAAGAAAACAUCGUCUGUAAUGCGGUGGAUUGCCAUUUGUGUUGAUGAUACAUCAAAGAAAGGGAGAUAUACAAACACUGUCAAUCUGCUUCGCAAAUAUUUUGGAGAUUUUCUAAUAGCUACCUACUUGAAUGCUGUGCAAGAGUCCCGUUACGAUGACGCAUAUAUAAGGGGAAUCGAGAGGGAAGUACUUCUGAAGACUCUUGAUACUUUAUGGAAGGAUCAUUUGGUAAACAUGAACAAGCUUAGUUCUGCAGUGAAUGUUCGGAGCUUUGGACACAGAAAUCCUCUAGAAGAAUACAAGAUAGAUGGCUGCCGCUUCUUCAUCUCAAUGUUGAGUGCCACGAGGCGACUGACAGUGGAAUCCCUGCUCCACUACUGGUCAUCUCCAAUGGAAUCUGAUGAGAUCUUCAACACAGAGGAUUAAUAGCUGAAAAAAUUAUGUUUCUCCUGAUGGAACACGCUUUUGUUCAGGAAUGAACAUCACCUUAGACUCAUACGACUCCCAUAUUGUGCUGUCGUAUGGGCGGCAUAACGCAGGAGUCUAGAUAGUUUAGGCACUAACAAGUUUAGCAAAAGCACAACAAUACAUAGGAGUUAGAGGUCGUAUGUUAACUCUGUUAAAUCAUAACUUGAUAUGCCAAUAGUAACAUCGCUCUUGUGCUAUGCUGGCUGCACCUUCACAUCUUAAUGCAUAAGAGAAUGGACUAUCACUGGGUUCUACUGAUCUUGCAUCAGCAAUACGAUAGUGUGGCGUGUAACACUGUCUAAGUCAGAGCUUGAUUGCAUGUUACAGCUUGGAACUAGAUCCAUUUCAUCCACAUUGUACUGUGGUCCUUAGCAUGAUACAAGUCCACUCUGUACCUUUUCUGUGAGUGAAGUAUCUGCCGACCAUUGUCUGAA